UAGUACAUUCAGUUAAAACCAUCUGACUGCAGAAAUCCUGUCGAUUUUUCUUUACUUUUUUGACAAUUGCGUGCCAAUGAAUGCAAAGUAUCAAGUGUUUAAUUGUUUUAUAGUGCUAUAUUUUGCAGCGUGCGAUGUAAAAUCCUCAAAAGAGAAUGACGUUGUCGUCUUCACCGUCGCCACAAAUGAUACCGACAGCUUGAGAAGAUACGUCAGAUUCGAGAAAAUAAACGGAAUCGAUGACAAUAUAAAAAUCUUUGGAUUUGGAGAGGCUUGGAAAGGUAGAAAUUUUAGAAAAUAUGUAGAAGGAGGGCAGAAGAUACACCUCUUUAAAAAAGCUCUCCAGGAAUAUAAAGAUGACACCGAAAAAAUUAUUAUCUUCACGGACUGUUGCGACCUGUUGUUCUUGCUUAACUUGGACGAAAUUUUAGAAAAAUUCAAGAAAUUCGAUUCUCGAAUAGUCUUUUCUGUCGGAAGCAGUUGUUGGACAAAUAAAUCUCUUGCCGAAAAAUAUCCUUCUAUAACUGAAGGGAAAGGAUUUCUAAAUGCUGGUGGUAUCAUUGGAUAUUCGAAUGACCUUUAUUAUAUUUUAUCCGAUAGAGAAAUUGAAGAUGGUGGUGAUGAACAGCUAUUUUUUACAAAAAUUUAUCUAGAUCCGAAAUUAAGAGAGAAACACAAAAUCAAAUUAGACAAUAAAUCUAAAAUCUUUCAGAAUCUCUACGGAGCAGUAGCUGAUGUUGAGUUGAGGUUUAAAGGAAACGACAUUUACCUUCAAAAUACUGCCUACGGUACUGCCUUAAAUGAAAAUGGAAUUAGUAAAAUUGCCUUAAAUUACCACGAAAAUUAUUUGGCCCAAGGUUGGAGUCCCGAAGAAGGAUGUUUAAAUUGUUGGGACGAUCCCAUAGAAUUGUCAAAGAAUAAACCUGAAACUUAUCCAGUCAUUUUGAUCGCUAUCUUUAUCGAGAAACCGAUGCCUUUUUUGGAAGAAUUUUUUGAAAAGAUUUACACUCAAACGUAUCUGAAAUCAAAAUUGCAUAUUUUUAUCUACAACUAUGUGUCUUAUCAUAAAGAUGUCGUUGAUAACUUUAUCGAGAAACACGGAGACGAAUACGAAAGUGUUAAGAAAGUUGUACCUGAUGACGGAAUUGAUGAAGUUACGGCUCGUAAUUUGGCAAUGGAUUAUUGCUUGUUAGAAAAGUGUUCUGGAUAUUUCUCGAUUGACGCACAAGCGCAUUUAGACAACAAACGAACCAUAAUAUCGUUAGUAGAACAGCAAAAAGGGAUUGUUGCGCCGUUACUUACAACACGUUUCGAGGCUUGGAGUAAUUUCUGGGGUGUUGUUUCCGAUUACGGAUUUUAUGCUCACAGUUAUGAUUACAUGCAAAUCAUUAACCAUAAAAGAAGGGGUCUCUGGAACGUGCCAUUUAUCAGCAGUUGCUAUUUAAUCAACUCUACGAUUAUUAGCAAUAAAGAAACUCGACCCUUGUACUCGAAAGGCGAUUUAGAUCUAGAUAUGACUUUUUCUUCAGCUAACAGAGAAAGGCUUAUAUUUAUGUACGUCAGUAAUAGACUGGAGUUUGGACAUCAGGUUACUUCUGAUUCGUUUAAUACUACCUUGAGUAAUCCUGACUUGUAUCAGAUUUUUGACAAUAAACUCGAUUGGGAAAAGAGAUACAUUCAUGAGAAUUAUAGUAAGAAUUUAGAAGAGGGUCAAAUACAUCUACAGCCUUGUCCAGAUGUUUACUGGUUCCCUAUUAUUAACGCAAGAAUGGCCAAUGAGAUCAUAGAAAUUAUGGAGAAUUUUGGCCAAUGGUCUGAUGGAUCAAACGAGGACACCAGAUUAGAAGGUUUUUACGAAGCCGUGCCAACACGUGACAUUCACGCGAACCAAGUGAACUUUGAGCGGCAAUGGCUUUACUUCCUCAAGGAGUAUGUCCGUCCUCUGCAGAAGCUAGUAUUCGCCGGACACAAUCGCUAUCCUCCAACGGCGUUACUGAACUUCGUCGUUCGCUACAAAAUUGAUGAGCAAUCUUCUUUAAUGCCACAUCAAGAUUUUUCCAACUACACGAUAAACAUUGCCCUGAACAAAGCAGGGGUUGAUUAUGAGGGUGGCGGAUGUAGAUUCAUCAUAGAUGACUGUGCAGUCACGGAUACGAAACAAGGAUGGACGCUGCUGCACCCUGGGUCUCACAUACACGAGGGAAUUCCAGUGACUAAAGGCACUCGUUAUAUCAUGAUUUCUUUUAUUGAUCCGUCGGACAUGUAUUAAAAAAUCAGAAGUAAUUGUUCUAGAAAGUUAUCUUAAGGUUUUUAGAGUCUUUGAUUACGAUUCUGAUGUUAAAAUUGCAAAAUUCAAUAUGGUGGAUCCAAUAUGGCGAAUAUGGACUAUUGAAUUAGUUGUAUUUUUCAAGUUUACGCCAUAUUGCAUCCGCCAGAUUGUUUUAUUAUGGAAUCGACGUUUCGUUAUCGGCAACCCAAAAACCCCGGAGGAUAAACUUUCAUGUUUCAAUUAUGAAAGUUUCUCUUUUUCCUAAUUUUUUAUCGACUUGGUCCGUUCGGGUGGAAGGAACCUGGACGCAGUCUGUUAGACUUGAUGGCGGGUAUUGGUAUAUUUACUUGGAUACUCGGCGACCCGAGAUCGCGCGCAUUACUCGGGUACCGAGGUAAUAAGCGAAACCUCGAGUACUGGGUAGCCGGAUAAUAAUUGAAAAUCCUAAAUAUUAUAUUUACUUAUAUAUUUCAGUAAAUGAAAUUUCUAAAAUAUAUCUUUUAAAUACAUA